CCCAAUUCUAUCCUCCCUUUCCCUUCCCACCCCCCCACAAAAACAACCACUCCCUCUUUUCCUCUUUUUCCGCUGUUUUAAAGUCACUCCCCUUCAGUCUAUAUCUCCUUUUCCUCCUAUCUCUCUUCUUCCUCUUGCAGUUCGGUCCCCAGCAGCCAAGAGGAGAGCAAGCUAUAGCUACCAAGAUGUCGAGCCGGAGGAACAGGAUCAGUGAUGAGGAGAUCAAUGAGCUCAUCUCCAAGCUCCAAUCUCUGCUCCCUGAGUCCCGUCGCCGAAACAUAGGAAGGGCAUCAGCGUCGAAACUGCUGAAGGAGACGUGCAGCUACAUCAAGAGCUUGCACCGCGAGGUGGACGACCUAAGCGACCGGCUGUCCGACCUGAUAGCGACGAUGGACUCCAACAGCCCCCAGGCUGAGAUCAUCAGGAGCCUCCUUAGGUCCUAGCUAGAAAGAGUUGGUCUGUCUGCUGUUUUUGCUCCUUUUAUAUAUAGUAUUUCUCUAGGGCCCCUGGUUAGGAGAAGGGGUUAUAUAUGGUGUACCAGCGUAUAAACUAAAGUAUUAGGUAGUAGGAAACAGUUUCUUUGCUUGAUGAGCUAGCAGUAGUCUAGCUACCUUCCAUUUUCUUGUACAUUUCUCUGGUCUGGCUUGAGUUGCUUCUUCCAUGACAACCAACCGGCCGUGGAGAAAGUAUUAUGUAAUUGGUUUUCCUUGGUGUUGCAAUCGAUAUGUUUAUUUCCAGUUUACUUA